AUGGCUGGGGCACAGAACGAGUUCAACGUCCGGGUACCGAAGUUGGUUUUUAGAAAUUAUUUUUUGGUUUUAGUUCAUUUUUUAAAGUUACAAAGAUUUUUUAAACUUUCUAAACUUUUUAGUUCAAGCUUUCCGGAUAGUUAGGAACUCCAGAGUGGUCCCUUAAGGGGCAACCUUAGGGGCCCUUGGAAAGCCCCCUUUAGGGAUCACUUUACCAACUCAUAUAGGGUCAACUAAAGCUUUAGGGGCUAAGACAUUGAACCUUAAACCCAAAAAAAAAAGCCAAGACUCCUUUAGGGACCACCUUGAAUUUACCCCUUUAGGAACCACUUUUUCGGCCCCUGUAAGCUCCACCUAAAUCCUAAAGGGACCACUCUUGAAUUCCUAAAUUAUCUUUAAAAAGACCGUUUUUGAUAAAUUAGACGUUGAAUUUUCCGAUUUUUGAACUUUUUCGAAAUUUGGUAACUUCCAGUCAUUCAGUUCUAUUUGGGUACAUUUAAAUGAAUUCGUUCUUAUUUAUUUUGAAGAAUAAAAAAAUUUCCUUAGAGACAGUUUUUUUCCUAAAAAAACAGGUCCUUCAGGGCUUUUGACAUUUAUAAGGUUUGCAGAAUCUCCUUUAUCUUGAAAAUUAUAGCCCAAGCUUCAAUUAGAGCUACCGUAACCCAUUAUUUUAUUCCAGACGAGAUGAAAGGUUACGGUACUCGGUUUUGAAGUUCAAUGGGAUGGACAAAGUCGACACGAGCAAAUGGGCGACCGAAAGUCAGUUGACUUUGGAAAGGGAAGAUAACAAAGGCGUCGUUUUGGCCUCGCAGACUGUCCAGGUACUGUAGGGGUACUGUAUAUUUUUUGAUGAAGUUUUAAGGAUUACGGUGAGGGUUCGGAGUACGGUAAAGCGGCGAGAGAGGAGGCGAGACGGAAGAAAUUUGGUCGACAAGCCAAACACUACCUCAUCGACAAUCAGCCGUGGAACUUGUCGUUUAGGGAGCAGGGUAUGGUGACAGUAAGCUUUGGAAAAUGAUAGGGAGAUUCGGAGGUUACUGUAGGUUAUCUAUUGAAAUACAGUUUUUGAGGGUUACUGUAGGUUAUCUAUUGAAAUACAGUUUUUGAGGGUUACUGUAGGUCAUCAAUUGAAAAACAGUUUUCGAAGGUUACUGUAGGCUAUCAGUUGAAAUACAAUUUUCGAAGGUUACUGUAGGCUAUCAGUUGAAAUACAGUUUGAUUGGUACUCAAAGCUAAUUUUGUCGUAUAGGGGAAAGAGUACGGUUACAGUAAGAUUUGGAAGACGAUAGUAAGGUUUAUAGAUUACUUUAGGUUACAAAUUGAGGUACAGUAGAUUUUUCUUGAAUAUUUAAAAACCUUGCAAGUUGCUACAGUAAGAAAAAUCUCUAAGAUCUGGUUUUUUUAAGAAUUUCAGAGCUGAUAAAAAUAAUUUUAAGAGUACUCAAAGCUAAGAUUGUCGUUUAGGGGAGAGAGUACGGUUACAGUGAGAUUUGGAGAAUGAUAGGGAAGUUUAUAGAUUACUGUAGGUUUUUAAAAUGAAGCUGUUUAAAUUUUUUCGAGUUUUGGAUGGUGCUACACCAAGAAAGCUGUGUAAGCUUUCGUUUCUGAGAUUUUUAGAAGAGUUAAAAUCUUUCAAUGUUUAUUAUGAGCUAUUUUUAUCUUUUAGGGAAUGGAGUACGGUUACAGUAAUCGUUGGGAAAGGUAGGAAGAUUCAUAGGGUACUGUAGGUUUUAAAAUGAAGCUGUUCAAAUUUUUUCGAGUUUUGAAAGUGCUACAUUGAGAAAAGUCUGUACGCUUUGGUUUCUGAGAUUUUUGAAGCGAGUAAAAAAUUAUUCAAUGUUUAUUUUAAGCUAUACAAUAAUGGAUACUGUAUGAAGGAAGUACUGUAUUUUUUUCGAGGAAUUUAUGAUCCAAAUAAUCUAUUUCUUGACUGUGAUUGCUUCGAAAGCCAGUAUGAAAAUGUAGGAUUUUUGAAAAAAAAUAUUUCUGAAAGUACCUUUGAAAAAAUUCUUCUAUGAGUGUUUCAAGUUUUCUACAAAACAAGCUCUCAUUUGAAAUUUUCCAUUUUUAGACGGCCGUCAUAGGAAAAUGCGCGGAAUCCGGGAAGGUGGCGCCGUGGAACAUGCCGAUUAUUGGAUCUUCCUGAAAUCGUCGAACAACGAGUUCCAAGCUUAUAAGGUGUCAAAAAAGGAAAUAUUCCAAGAAAUUGGAAUUUUUCAAGGUCGACGAUUGGCACAAGUUCCUGCCGGCAAUCACCCACAAAACACUGGAUUGCGAUCAGGCCGAGGAGAAAUAUUCACAGUAUGAUUGAAAUCUUUUCUGAAGGGUCUUGAAGCGAAAAGACGGUCACAGUGUGAUUUUGAGCCCCGGGAAGGGAUUUCAAAGAUAAGAAUAUUCAAAAAAAGCAAUGAAAUAUAAAAAAAUAAUCGAUUGAAGCAGAUAAUUAGGAGAACAUUUUUCAAAAAUUAUGUCACUUUUUUUAAAGUCGUAUUUAGUGUUUUUUUAGUUCCUGGCUAGGAUUUUCCAACGGCAAUUGAUGAAAAAAAUAGUUCAUUAAUGAUUUUUUUGAGUCGGUUAUAAACUGAUCCAAUAGGAAUAAAUACAAGAAAUUCCACAAUAUGAUUAAAAUUUGUUCGAAAAAUCCUUGCUGGGUCUCGAGGCGAAAAGAAGUUCCCAGAGUUAUUUUGAGCCCCGGGAAGGGUUUUUUAAACAAGAAAAUCAUGUAAUAACAAGAAAUAUAAAAUUUUCAAGCCGACUGAACCAAAAGAUGAGUAGAAAUAAUCAUAUUUCGUGCAAAAAUCUGUGGUUAAAGGCUAAUAAAAAAAUUUUCAGUAUAAUUCUUGGUCCUAGUCAGAAUUUUCUAGUCGGAAAAAAAUAAAGUAAACUCAUAAGUAAUUAUUUUUGAGGCGAACCAAGGUUAUGAACUGAUGACAAGAAAGAAUAUUCACAAAAUGAUGUUUUUCAAAAAUUCUUGUUUGAAGGCUUAUAAAGACGUUUUGAGUAUGUUCAGGACCUAGUGGGGAUUUUCUAACCGGAAAAAAAUGGGGAAAAAUAAUAGUUAAUGAUUUUUGAGGCGAAAAAAGGUUAUGAACGGUUUUAGUGGACCAAAUGACGGAGAGAAAUAUUCAGUGUGAUAUUUUUCAAAAAUCUGUGAAUAAAAUCUUAUAAGGACGUUUUCAAUAUGAUUUUAGGUCCUAGCUACGAUUUUCUAACCGUAAAUGAAUGAAAAAUUCUUGAUCAACGAUUUCUGAGGCAAAUUACGGUUAUUCACUGAUCCAGUGAGACAAAUAGAGAAGAGAAAUAUUCACAAAAGGACAUUUUCUUUGGAAUUCUGUGAAUAUAGGCUUAUAAAGACGUUUUCAGUAUGAUUUCAGGUCUUAGUGGGGAUUUCCUAACCGCAAAAAAAUGGGGAAAAAUGAUAGUUAAUGAUUUUUGAGGCGAAAAAAGGUUAUGAACUGAUCCAGUGAGUCAAAUGACGAGAAGAAAUAUUCAGUUUGUUCAAAAUUCUGUGAUUAAAGGCUUAUAAGGACGUUUCAGUAAGAUUUUAGGCUCUAGCUAGGAUUUUCUGACAGGAAAAAAUUAAUAGUUAAUAAGUGAUUUUUGAGGCGAAACAAAGUCAUGAACCAAUUCGCCCUGAAAGCCGCCAUCCAGAAGCAGUUGAACGAUGGGGAAGACGGAGAAGCUGUUGAGAAGCUCAAUAGAUCUCUGGUAAGAGAAAGAUAUGGAAAUUAUUGAGUAAUGUGCCUCAGAAAAUCAAAGACGAAGCCUCUUCGGACGAGGAUGAUGAGGAGGAGGAGAAGAACGAGGAGGAGACCGAGAAGAAGAACAAGAAGAAGAAAAACAAGAAGGUCGUCAAUGAGAAACCGAAAAAGGACAAAAGACAACGGGUGGAGAAUGCGGAUGAUGUGGCGAGUGAGUGGGAAAAAUGAGAUUUUCAGAUUUCAUAGGGUUUUCCAUGUUUUCAAAAAUUAAGUGAUCGAAAAUAGUUUUUUUUAUGAAGUUUUCGAGAUUUUGAAACCAUUUGAUAUCAAAAAACUGAACUGUCAUUGUUGUUUUGCUUUGUCAAAAUGUUUCAUAACAAUUCAAAAUCAAGGAAAUUUAAGAAGAGAAAUCUUUUUCCCACAUUUAAAAAGUAUGGCGAUGUUUAUUUGAUUGAAAAUUUGUUUUUCACAAAAUUAUCAAGAAGCAUUUUCAAAAAUAAAUUUUUUUUUGAAAGAUGUAAAUUUUUUUAAUGUUUCAUUCCUUCUGAACUAUCAAUAAUUUGGCUCUUUACGGUAAUUUUGAGAAAUCGGAUAAUACAACAUAAAUGUCAAUAUUUUGACCCUUGCCUGAGUUUUUCAAUGUUUGUAUCAUAAAAGCAGGACUAUCAAUAUUCGGACUUUUUCUGAAUUUUCGAGUUAUUUUAAUAUAAAACGAAAUUUUCCAUACAAAUUCAGGCAAACAUAAGAAAAAGUUAUCAAUAUUUCAACUUUUGUUUGAGUUUUCGAAUUUUCGAAUCACAGAACUGGAUCAGACACUUCGGCUAUUUUCUCUAGUUUUUCAAUUUUUUGAGUUGUAGAGUAGAACCACCAAUAUUUCGGGUUUCUCCUGAUUUUUCGAAAUGUAGAAUAUAGAAUAGAAUUAUCAAUCAAUAUUUAUGAUUUCGCCUGAACUUCUGAAUCAUUGGAAUAUUCAGGAUAUGAAUCGUCAGAUGGUGAAGACGAAGGUCGGGAGUACGACUACAUGUCGGACAGUGGAUCCGAUUCGGAGUAAGUGAAAGUAGAAUUAUAUACGCUUUUUAUUAUUCCUAGAAAUUCUAUUACUUUAUUCGAAACAAAAAAUAAUUUAAAUAAUUAAAAAAAAUAUUCAGGCGAUUUUCUGUUUUGGUCGAAAUGAUGUCGCUCUUGAAGUACGGUUUCAAGAGUAGAAUGUAGAAGAAAUACUUUUGAAACGUACUUUUUGUUGGGUGGUUUUAGAAAUGAGAUUUUUGACUCACGUAGCUUUGUGACCCUGACAAGGGAGGUCAUUUUACUUUGCUUCCUUGAAAAUUGGCUAGAACACUUCUUGAUGUACCAGAAGAAUAUCCUGAAAGUCUCAACCUGCACAACUUCCUCGUUUUCGAGAAAAGAAGUUUCGAAGUCAAAGAAAAUCUAAGAAAUACAUUUAAAAAAUAGCCUUAUGAGGAUUUUAAGCCCUUAUUCCUCGAAAAUUAAGGAGUUGUGCAGGUUGAGACUUUCAGGAUCUUCAUCUGGUACAUCUAGAAGUGUUCUGGCCAAUUUUCAGGUAAUUCCCAACCGCAAAGUAAAAUGACAUCCCUUGUCGGGGUCAAAAAUCUCAUUUCUGAAAACAACCCAACAAAAAGUACGUUUCAAAAGUGUUUUUUAUACAUUUGAAACUUAAAACCGUACUACCAGAAAAUAGCCUGAUAAUUAUUCUUGUGAGUUUUUAACUGAUUUUAUUUUUUCAGUCGUGAAGUUGUCCCGUCGGACGAAAAAGUUGAAAAGGAGCUGACCGGCGUCGACGAUGAGGCCGGAAUGAGGAAAAUGUUGGAAUCGGAUGAAAGCGACAGCGACGAGGAGGAUCUCAGUGCGUUUUUAUGCGGGAAAAUAGGGCCUUAGGGUGUUUUUAUGCGGGAAAAUAGGGCCUUUGGGUGUUUUUAUGCGGGAAAAUAGGGCCUUUGGGUGUUUUUAUAGGGGGAAAAUAGGGCCUUAGGGCGUUUUUAUUAGAGAAAAUAGGGCCUUAGGGCGUUUUUAUUGGGGAAAAUAUGAUCUUAGGCCGUUUUUAUUGGGAAAAAGGAUCUUAUAGCGUUUUGAAUAAUAGAAAAAAAGGCGGAAACGAACCCAUUUUCAUCGAAAAGUAUAGGGGUCUGAAGAUUAUUUUAACGCCUCUCGAUUGAAUGAAAAAAAAGAAUAUUAGUUUUUUUCUAUCGUUUAAAAAUUUUUUGGUGUGUUUUCUAUUAGAAAAAAGUUCUUGGGGCGUUUUUCGAGGACCUUAGCGGGAUUUAUUUUUUAAAAAGCGUUUUAUUUACUGGAUGAAGUAGGAUCAUGGUUCGGAAAAUAUUCGGCGAAUAAAAAUUCACUGGAAAUGAAAAAUACUAUUUUUGUAUUAUCCGCUUAUAAAAGGAAAAUAAAUAAGUAAGUUUAGUUUUUUUGGGGGGCUUUCAGGGGAUUUUUUGAACCUUUUUUUUAGAAACCUUUUUUUCAAAAAAGUUUUAAAAACUUGGAGUUUUUUUAAUUUUUUUCAGAAACCUUCUUUGAAGUCAGUAGAAAGCCUUUUUCGAAUAUUAAAAAAUGUUCGCCAUUUUCUUCCUAAAAACUUACAGUUUUCAGCCAAAAAGCUGCUGAAAACGGACAGAUCGCAGAAGAAAGACACGAUGGACGUCGAGGAACGAGAUUCUUCCGGAUCUGACACCGACGAUCCGGAUUCCAACGUCAAUUCUGUUGUCUUCCUGCCGGUGAAGAUGAUUUUGUCGAAGAAAUGAAUGUAUGAUUUUUUUCAGAAAAAGGAAGAGAAAGAAGAGACGGCGAAUGGGGGUGGGGCGAAAAAACGGCCGGCCGAGGAUAUGCCGUCGAUUUCCGGAGCGUCUGACGCCAAGAAAGUCAAAGUCGAGGAGAAACCGAAGUUUGUGCUUGGAAAAACAUCGAAAUUCGGCUUUAAGAUGGCCAAAAUGAUCUAUUGUCCUUAAUGGAGUUUGGGAAAGUGGCCAUUUAAGCGAAAUUCAAAAUUGAGAGAGAAAAAAUCAUUUUUAGCAGUCGGAUUUUCCAGAUUUUAUCUACUCUUAACAACUUGACAUUUAAAUGUCAAGUUGUUAAGAAUGACGUCAUUUAAAAACGCUCUGCGGAUGGCUCGCUCUCUGAUUGGGUUAUCGAGCCAUUAGGGGCGGAGCUUGAGCGACGACUUGACAUUCAAAAUCUGAGCAGACUAGCCGAGGCUAGCUUGGGGCAUUUAGGGUGCGUGGCCUGUCUGUACUCUCCACCCUAGCAACUAUCUCUUCCAUUAUCGUGUCAGGACCGUGUUUUCGAUGACUCAAGCCAGUCGUAUCGUUAUCCACUGAUUUAUUAUGCUUACGGACAUUGAUGACGCGAAACGGACGUUUCUGAGCGAUCCUAGGGAUCAUUUAAGGGGGCUGACGCUACUAAAGUGGUCCCUAAAAAUGCCCCGACACGUCCAUUUCGCGUUACUAACUUCUGAGCGAUUCUAGGGAUCCCUUAGGAGUUCUGGUCCCUAGAAAUGCUCUGACGGGGGACAUCCGGUUUGCGUUACCAACGCACAAUCAGUUUCUUAUUCAAAAAUUGUUGUCCGUGGAGCAAACUUGCCUGCCUCACCCUUGUAACUGUAAAAAAUCAAUAUUCACUUCUACAGUACCCCAUCGGUGGAGGACUUCUCCUGUGACCUAAUUUUCGCUUACGAAAAUAAACUAGAAUGAUAGAAUUCGCUCUACUGAUAACUUCCAGGUUCGUGGAAGGGCUCAACGAGGAAACGGUCCGGAAGUAUCUUCGCCGCAAGCCGCACACAACCAAGGAGCUUCUCCACAAAAUGAAGGCCAAGUGUGGCGACAUGACCAAGGCGGAGAUCGUCACGAGGCUGGCCGCUAUCUUGAAGGUUCGCGAAAUUUGAACUUCUAUUGUACGAACAUUUGAAUAUGAUUUUUUUUUGUACUUUUUGCAUUUUUUGACAAGGAACCUUCAUCGAAGGCAAGUUCAAACAUUCAACCCUCUAGGGAUCACUUACACGGCAUUCCUAAUGGGGUGAGGGAAGGUAAACGAAGCGUCAAAGUUUCUGAAUUAAAAAAAAAAGUAAGUGCGCCCUCCGGAUAAAAGGACUGUGACGUCACAGCUCCCUAUACUUUGCAAAUUAAACUGAAUAUUCAACGGCAUGAAGAAUAUCGUACUCCCCAUUUGGCUGCGUAUUUGAGAUUUCAAAUUUCGCGCCAAAAUUUUUUUGACGUCUCCCCACCCCGUUUGGGAACGCCGUGCUUAACCUGCCCUGUGAUCAUUUCAAAAAAUCCCUAAAGUGAACAUUUUUCCAGGCUAUCGAUCCUCAUCAGUUCAAACAGCAACUCGGCAAACGCGAGGUGCUCUUCUUCUCGUUGACCAAUACUGUAGCAUAA